GCCUUCGUGCGACACAACAUUUAACUACAUACAAGAUAGUGAGAGGCGCUCAAGCGCCGCGCCUGCUAGGCAGCACUUCGUGCUGCUGCGCUGUCUGAGGUGCCGCUCUCUCCCGCCUCGCCGCGCCUAGCCGCGCCUUGUAGUAGUCCGUCUGGCGCACGUUGGCCCCGCCCCGCUCACCUUGGGCUGGAGCAGGCGAUUGAGGGGCUCUAGUGGGAGUGAACCAGGAGUGAAGUGAACAGUUCGGCCCGCUUGGCCCCUCUACACAUCCCUUGCACGCAGCCGCGGCCCCAGCGGAGAACAAACCCCCGACAUGAGCCGAGUGGUCUCUCCCGGAACGGGCUGGUGCGGGCGCGGGGACAAGAAGAGGUCCUUCGAGAGUCACCCGCCGAUCGUCUGCUACGACAAGCCGGCCGCCGCGCAGGUCGACCGGGCCGAGUACGACCGGAAGAGGCACGCGGCGCUGACCGGGGAUGCUGUCCAGGACUUUGCGGUGCCCAAGCGGUCGGCCAAGACCUGGACCAUGCAGCCAGGCGACCUAUGCCGGAUCACUGUCGUCGAAGGGUCGCAGGUCGGCGACAUGAACUUCUGGAACCUGGACAACCCCGCGGAGCGCUUUUACUCGGGCAAGACGCGGCAGCUGCACUCGGCGCACCUCUCGGUGUACGACCGGCUGUGGAGCGUGCUGCCCUACCUGCGGCCUAUGGCCACCGUCGUGGCCGACUCCAUCAAGUACGGCAUCGACGAGGACGGCGCCAGCGUGCACGACGUCAUCGGCACUCGGUGUGACGACUACACCUACAAGCUCAUCACGGGCGAGGACAGGUGGGGGUCCUGCCACUCGUACCUGACCAAGGCGGCGGAGGAGGCGGGGCUGGACGAGACGGACGUGCACGACGUUUGGAACAUCUUUAUGUGCACUGGCUUUACAAAGGACACCCACCAGUACUUCUGCAAGCCCAGUCCGGCGCGCAAGGGGGACUACAUCGAGUUCAUCGCCGACAUGCCGCUGUUGGUAGGGCUCAGCACCUGUCCCCAGGGUGAUGUGUCCACCCCGGUGGGACAAGUCGUCCCCGAGGACAUGUGCCACCCCCUCGGCGUGCAGGUGUUCCGCGCCGUUCCAUGAUGAUCAGGUGCUACGAUUUGGAAAUUACCUUUAAAACUGAUUCGCUCUGUUUAAAUGUUAUCACAUCAGUUGUCCAAAAUAAAUAUAAUUUAAGCGA